UAUUCUCCAUCCCUUGGAAAACUCGCUCAAUUAAAUCUCCAAGGAAUAGUUCUGUCCUUUUGCUCUCCUCCUCCUUCCGUCUUCCCAUAUUUACAGGUUCUUAUUUCAAAAUUAUUUUGCCUUUAUUUUUGGUAAUUGAAAUAUUGUAUUUUCUUCAAUUUGUUGAUCGCAGGUUCCUGGGCAUGGAAAUUUCCUUUUUUCCUAAGCAGAGUAGAAUUAUUUUGUCAUCGUAUUUGCUAAGUUCGUUGUUCAUUGUAGCUUCUUCUUUCCUUAGCAAGAUUGUUAUGUUUUUCUGUUUGGUGAUCUAUGAUAAUGUUGAUGGCGAGGUGCCUUAUCGAGAUCUGCGAGUAGCUCAUACUGAGAGUGAAAAACGACCUUUCACAUGCAGGGGAAUGGAAGAGGUCUACAGACUGCAUCUCAUAUUAUUAAUAGACCACUUGCACCUGCUGCCAUGGGAUCAAAGAGCUCUAGAUAUGAAUCACUUUUGUAUGGUAAUACUUCACAACAUCUCAGACCAACUGUAAAGUAGUUAGCUCCACCUAAUUUACAAGCUCAAUUGACCAUGAACAAGGUCAAUGUGGACAAUGCUGGAAUGUCAUCUGUCCAGAAAUUUGGUUGAUGGAAAUAAAGUUUGGAAAAUUUGGUUGAGCCUGAAUAGCUUAGUUGGGAAGAAU